UCUAGCGCUUCCGGACUGUGUGAUUGACAGCUUCCUUCGCCAAUGAUCCGUGAACAAUAACAAGGAAGGUGGUUUCUCAUAACCGGCUGGAAGCAAAAUACACACGGACGGGCUGAGCACAGUGCAAGCACACACAAUGCCCCACACACCACAGUGCUGACCCCUCCCUCCCUCCCAUGGUCGAGGUGUCCGCCAUGCGGGGCUUUUACUCCAAGCUGGACAGCUCGUCGUCGUCGGCGGGCGCAGCGUCGGCGGGCGCGGGGGCGAUGGCGCCGCUGAGCCUGGCGGUGGAGACGGAGAAGGCCCAGGCGCUGCUCCAGACGUUCAGCACCGCCUCGCUGCUGGCCAGCGGCGGCCUGGGCCUGUUCUGCCUGCUGGCCGACCACCUGCUCCAGACGCCCGCGGUGCUGCAGCACGCCUGGCUGCGGGCGCUGCUGGACAACGGAGUCCACGGCCUCAUCGGCCUGUGGUCCUGGGCCAUCGUCAUCGGCCUGAGGAAGAAGAGUGACUUCUAUGAAGUCGUCCUGGCUGGGUUCCUGGCCUCCGUCAUCGACCUGGACCACUUCUACCUGGCCGGGUCGCUCUCGCUCAAGGCUGCGUUGAACCUGCCCCACCGGCCCCCGCUGCACUGCUCCACGGUGAUCCCGGCGCUGUGCUUCUCCCUGCGGCUGCUGAUGUGGGCCCUGCGUCUGAAGGACUCGUGGUGCUCGCUGCCCUGGAUGCUCUUCGUGGCGCUGGGCUCCCACCACGUGCGCGACGGCACGCGCCACGGCCUCUGGCUCUGGCCCCUGGGCCACACGGCGCCCAUCUCCUACUGGCUGUACGCCGGCAUCACCACCACGCUGCCGCACCUCUGCUCCGUCCUCAUGUACCUCACGGGCACGCGACACAUCCUCUCCACCAAACACGGCGUGGCCAUCGACGUCUGAGAGGGGGACAAUGAUGGCAGGAUAGGAAGAGUUCUGCGUGCUUAUGCACACACACACACACCAGACACACACACACACACACACCAGACACACACACACACACACACACACACACACACACACUCACUCUAACACAGUGAUGUAUGAAAGGGACAAUAAUGUCAGGAUAGGAAGAGUUCUGCAUAUACACACACACACACACACACACACACACACACACACACACACACACACACACACACACUCUAACACAGUGAUGUAUGAAAGGGACAAUAACGUCAGGAUAGGAAGAGUUCUGCGUAUACACACACACACACACACACACACACACACACACACACACACACACUCUAACAGUGAUGUAUGAAAGGGACAAUAAUGUCAGGAUAGGAAGAGUUCUGCGUAACACACACACACACACACACACACACACACACCAGACACACACACACCAGACACACACACACACACUCACUCUAACACAGUGAUGUAUGAAAGGGACAAUAAUGUCAGGAUAGGAAGAGUUCUGCGUAGACACACACACACACACACACACACACACACACAC